AUGAACACCCAAGUUGUUAAAUCGUGUUUUGUUGAUGUGUUGUUAAAAAAAGAUAAUGACAGAAACUUUACUGCUGCAUGUAUCACAUGCAACAAAAGAAUUUCAGGCAAUGUCUCUAAUUCAUCCAACUUCUUAAAGCAUGUCAAAGAACAGCAUCACGCAGUCUAUAAAAAUUUUUUAUUGAAAAAUACUGAGCAUAGCAAAAAAAGAAAACUAUCAGCAUCAGCCGAAAUUGUUCCAACGACUAAGUUGAAACAAAAUGAAAUAGAUAAAUCAUUCUCAAUGCACAAAUCUGUCUCACAGGAAAAAUUUAAUCAAGGGAUUGCAGAGAUGAUACUCGAAGAUAUGGAACCUGUAGCUAUUAUAGAAAGAAAAGAUCAAGCACAAAAUCCCAUAUUAGCGACCUCCAAAGACACAACUCCUGAAUGCAAUAAUCUAUAUGACUAUAUUGAGGAAAACAGUGAAAGUUCUUGCAAAUUAGCUGAACAACUCAACAAUUAUUUAUCUAGUCAGGCAAAAAAUGUUGAACAUUUAUUUUGCUAUCCAGCAGUGUGUGCAGCAUUUUUAAAAAUAAAUUCGACAUUACCAAGCUCAGCUGCUGUUGAAAGGCUAUUCAGUGUUGCCGGACAAAUUUUACUAAUAAACGCUGCAAGUUGUCUGAUGAACACAUAG